CACGUAUGUGCGGAAGUACGUCAUUUUCGGGGGGUCAUGAUAGAAUAGUGGAAAGACAUUUAAUUGUUAUUGUUAGCUGGGAAUCUUUUAGCAAAUGCAUAGACGUAUAGAAGCGCAUUCACUAAGCUUUUCUAGCUAAUGCUCAAGGGAAGAAAUUUAAGGACCACGGAACGCUAAAAUUGGGAUUCUCCUUUGAUGAAACCUUCUCUUUAUUAAAAACUUAUCCCGAAACACGAGAUUAAAGCAAACAGAAAUAUGAACGAUGCAGAAACAGCCACUGGGAAGCAUGGAAGUUCGCAAGAGUUGCAAACACCAAAAAACGAGGAUGCAUAUGAAAUCUCCAUUCCCUUUGAGGAGAACAAUUUUGAGCAGCAGGGCGGCUUCUAUAACCAGAAUGAACAGAGCUUUGAAGGUAAUGAUCCUCCUGCUCCGGCAAGCUCAUACCUGCUGAUCACAAACCUGCGCACACAACUGCAGAUCUCCCUGGAAAAGAACUCCUGGUUGCAGAAACGCAUUGAAGACUUGGAGGAGGAGAGAGACUUUCUGCGCUGCCAACUCGACCGCUUCAUAUUCUCUACCAAGAGUCAGGAGAGCAACGGUAAUGAUUCCCACAGUUUUUCGUGGAGGAGGCGACGAGAGAAUGAACGUGAUCAGCAAGCAGAGGUCCAGCGUUCAGCCAACCGUCAGUCAUUCCAACAGAGGCCUGCCCAGCAACCACCAACCAAUGCUAAGGUCAUGAGCAGUGGCUCUGGACCAGUCAGUGCUCAGAUGAGUUCCAUGUUUGGUCCCUCCCAUUCCCAGCCCCUCCUACAGGGUCAUGGUGGUGGAAGCAGUAGUAGCAGUGGUAACAACAGAUCAAUGAAUGACCUGCCAGAGUCCCUUUCACUUUUGGGAGAGGAGGAGGAAGAGGAAUUUUUGGAGGACAGCUACCUGGAUGAGGAAGAAAUGAUGUCUGGGGAAGAUGUAAUGUCAGAAAAUGUGACACUGUGGAAUAUGGGUGCUUCUGGGAGACCAAGUAGUGGGCACCCUGCUCUGAAGAGGAGGAGGGUCUUCAGAAUAGCCAGAGGGAGAGAGAGACAGAGAGUGAAAGAUGCUGCUGGUGUGUUGUUCCGCUAUAAGAAGAUCCUGGUGACGUACCAGCGGCUAAAGAACAUGUCCAAGGCCUUUCAGAUCCAUGGUGUUGAUCGCAACACCGUGGCCUCCACAACCCCUAUUGCCGAGCUGAUGCUAGUGGCUCCAGAGAAGCUGGCAGAGGUGGGCGAGUUUGACCCAUCCAAAGAAAAGCUUUUGGAUUACGCCCGGCGCUGCUAUAUUGCCCUGGACCCUGACACCCUCAGCAAAGUUCAGGCACUUAAGAAGAACAGCCUGCUACUGCCAAUCUCUUAUAGGUUGAAAGGAACAGAUGGCCAGUAAUUGGAUAAGAGCAAGUGACUUCUGUUCUGCUGUAUUAUAGAAUCCCUCACUGUAUUUUAAUGCUCCCCAGCACAUAUCUCUACUCUCUUAACCGCUUCAUUCAACCAGUCAGAUCAAGUGUGCUCUGAAUCAAGCCUGCUGCCACAGCAUACUGUAUUACCUCUGUUCUUCACCACUGCGCACUCACAUUGCGCUAAAAGAGCUGGGCUUCCUCAAGAAGGCUUACCGGAUGGCCAAGACAUUGGUAAAGACACUUAUAUCUGAGUCUAUGUGCUCUGCGUAUUUUGAAAACUUUAGUUUUUGACAUCAGCUCUUCAAGAUGUAUAGCUAGCUCUAUGACGUCACGUGUUGUUCUGAAGUACUGUAUCAGGGGUUCUCCAUUUCAGAAGGUGUGUGCGUGUGUGUGCAUGUUGGUUGUGCAUUUCACUCAGCACUUACCUGACAGAUGAACUGUGCAUUUCUUACAUGAUGAGUGUUGUGUGAAGUGUGCUGAAGACCACUAUGUACACAGUCCCAUGCUCUCUGUUUGACACUGUGCUAAACUAGACCAACGUGGGUCUCCAUUUGUUUAGGCUUGUAAAGCCUCUUCAGUGCUGAGUAAUGGCUGUGUUAGUGCAUGUAAAUCUUUAAAUCAUGUCACAUCUUUUAUUACACAACACUGGAUACUGAACAUGUCAAAGUGAAUAGUGGGAAUCCAGUUAGUAACAGAAAUUAUGCCUAAGCAGCCAGUAAUAACUGAUACAACUGUAGAAUACCAUAGUGUUUGUGUGCACGUGUGUUGAUGUGCGUGUGUGCACGUGUGAAUGCACAUGUGCGUACAUGGGUGCGUGUACUUGCGUGCAAAAAUCAUGAAUCCUUACUCAGAAAAUGUCUCCAAGAGAUACAGUGGCUGUGACUGUAUGUAGGUGUGCGUGACUGUAGAACAGAAAAAUCAUGGUUACUCUGACUUCAUCCCAAUUGUCAGAGUGUGUUUGAUUGUACCACUGUCAUUCUGAUGUCCAUUCCCAUUGAUUACGGGUUGGGGCUGUUGUACAUUUCAGUUUUGUCUCAGGAACCAAUUAUUUUUUAAGUUUUAAUACAGUCUAGUUUAUCUUGUAACUCUGUGAAGGUUGAUGGGUGUGAUGUUAAUUUAUUUUUUUUUUUUCUGCCCCAUGCUUACUAUCUUACUGUGGGUUGAGAAUAAUAAGGAACCAAUUUGUCCAAUUUGUCAUGUCAAAAGAGAAAUUAGUGAUGUCCUGUUGAUUCGUCAGACUAUAAAUGACACUAAAGUGACUGAUUUCCUACUGAA